AUGGGGGACGAGGACCCUCUCACAGUCCCCGUCCCGGAGACCAUCCCCCGCAGACCCACUUCAGCUGCUAGCCAUCCGGUAACCGUGAGCAUGCGCGCUGUGCGCCACGUCUGGAAUUCAGAGGGCGGGGCCACGAAAUACAGGAAACCGGCGGUAACGCGGGAGGCGGGGUCACGUGACCCGGUGACUGCUCCCCGCCCCACACCCUCUGCCCAACCCACCGGUCCCCCCGCCCCGCACCCCGACCCGACCCGACGAAUUAGACCCCCGCACGUACCCGCUGCCCCACCGGACCCCCGACCCCGCACUCGCUCCCCGACCCACCGGCCGCAUCCACCGGCUCAGCUCCCCGCCCCACACCCGCUGCCCGACCCGCCGAAUUAUCCCCCGCCCCGCACCCGCUGCCCGACCCGCUGGCUCAGCCCACCGCCCCGCACCCGCUGCCCCACCGGACCCCCGACCCCGCACUCGCUCCCCGACCCACCGGCCGCAUCCACCGGCUCAGCUCCCCGCCCCGCACCCGCUGUCCGACCCACCGGCCGCAUCCACCGGCUCAGCUCCCCCGCCCCACACCCGCUGUCCGACCCGUCCGCCCGCCCUACACCCGCUGCCGGACCUGCAGGCCCGGCCCCCCGCCCCACAUCGCCCACCCGCUGCCCGACCCGCCGGCUCAGUCCCCCGCCCCACACCCGCUGCCCGACCCGCCGGCCGCCUCCUCCGGCUCUGUUCCCCGGUACAGCAGCUAUAGUUUAUUCUGACGGCCGGAUCUGCCCCGUCACCAUCCCCCCACCCCCAGUGCCAGAGACAAGAGCUCGACCCCCACCCCAGCACCGCUCACAGACCCGCACACGGCUCACCCUCGAGGGGGAAACACGCUGA